AUGCCUCCCCCUUCGUCGGCGCAACAAAAGGUGCUACUUGCACAGUUCGUCAACCUUACCGGGGCCACGGAACGUCAGGCGACUCGGUAUCUCAAGUCGACUGGCUACAAGCUCAACGAGGCCGUGGAUGCAAUGAUGCUGGGUUGGAAAGGCGUCAAACAUCAUCUGCCCUCCAAAGUCGCAAAGGCCGUCCCCCAUUGGUUGUCUAAGAAGAAACGGGAGAAUCAUGGCGCCGACACCUCCACCAAGGAUCAAUCCGGACGGUUUUACAUGAACUCGGCCAGUGAGACCAAGGGUCCCUCUCCGUUGGAUGCGAAACUGGACUCUCUAUUCGACUCAUUAAGGGAUGACGAAGCCGAUGACAAAGACCAGCUGGAGCUGGAGUCGACUAUGGGCUAUCUGAGCGAAAAGCUCAACGUCAGUCUAGAAAACGCGGAACUGUUUGUAGUCCUGGAACUGGUGCAGGCCCCUAGUGUAGGUGAAAUCACCAGAGCAGGUUACAUUGACGGUUGGAAAUCAAGCGGGGCUGGGGCAUCGCAUCAAGAGCACGCCGCUCAUGUACGGAAACUCAUAUCUGAGCUGUCUCGUGAUACGGCAUUGUUCAAAAAGGUUUACAAAUACGCCUUUGUUGCUGGUCGUGAAAAGGACCAGAAAUCCCUGGCUUUGGACAAUGCUCUGAUCUACUGGAGCAUGCUCUUCUCGGCACCUGGCGUGGAAUGGAAGGGCAAGCACGACUGGUUGGAUCUGUGGAAGACAUUCUUGGGCGAGAAGUGGACUCGAUCUGUCAACAGGGACAUGUGGAAUAUGAUCUUGGAGUUCGCCCUGAAGAGCGUCAACGACGAAUCCUUGUCGUUUUGGAGCGAAGACGGCGCAUGGCCAAGCGUUAUUGACGACUUUGUCGAGUGGUGCAGGCAGAAGGGAAUCGGAAAGCCCGAAACUAUGGAAGUCGAUGGUCAGUGA